AUGUCUAUUUGGUCACGGCAAACAACAAAUGUCGAAACCGACUAUAAAACCGCCAUCUGGGCGUUCUAUCGGUACUAUCCAUCCAAGGCCGCUGCCGUGAUUUUCACCGUCUUAUUCGCGAUCGCGACCUUCCUCCAUCUCUACCAACUGAUCAGACGCCGCACUUGGUUCUUCAUCCCUUUUGUGAUAGGCGGCUUCUGCUAUAUCGGCCGCAUCCUCUCGAGCGAAGAGAGCCCCAACUGGUCACUGGGCCCCUACAUUCAGCAGACGUUGCUACUCCUCCUCGUACCCGCUCUAUCCGCAGCUUCUAUCUACAUGAUGCCCGGCCGUAUCCCCCUCCUCCUGGACGCCGAACCUCUCUCACUACUCAAGCGAAAAUGGCUCACGAAAUUCUUCGUCACGGGGGACAUCCUGUCUUUCACCGUCCAAGCGGCCGGCGGCGCGCUGGCUGCCGUGCAUAACGGCGAGAAGAUCGUCAUCGCAGGCCUUGUCGUUCAAAUCCUGUUUUUCGAGCGAUCGCAAUCCCUGGAUGGGUGGCAGCAUCACUUGCGGGUGCUCUAUGCGGCCAAUGGCCUGAUCAUGAUGCGGUCGGUGCUCCGCCUGAUCGAGUAUGCCAUGGGCAAGAAUGGAUAUCUGCUCCGGCACGAGGCGUUUCUGUACGUGUUUGAUGCGCUGUUGAUGCUGGUAGUGAUGGUGCUCUUUAAUAUUGUGCAUCCGAGCAGCCUCUUGUCCGGUGAUGGGGAGAAGACGGAUUGA